AUGCAGUCUCAUUUAACGAGACGAGUCUGUAGGGCUAUCAUCAAUAACGAGCCUCUCUACUUUUCCAGAUGCUGCCGGAACCGACUGUUGCAUACUAUAUCCCCCGCACGGCCACGGCCACGAUCUCACAUAUCCAGUCUCACUUAUGUGUCCCAAAGGACCUUAUUCGCCUUCAAUUUGUCUACAUCAAAGGCAGGCGAAGGCACCUCCACCUUGUCCUCAGAGAAAGGCCUCCAGCCGAUGACCGACCUGAAGCGGACAUUGGAGGACAAGAGCAGAGCACCACCAACUCGGACUCUGGUAAAAGCUUUUCAGCUAUUUUUCAAUACCAGAGGGGAAUUCCCUGGAGUGAUCACCUUGUAUCAAGCCCGCUUGCUCUCUAUGACAUGGAAGCACCUCAAGCGGCAGCAGAAGGAAAUGGAGGACCAUGAAUGGCAGGAUGUGUUCUCGGUCGAGAGUCUUGAAAGGAUGCUAUUUGUGCUUUCCGAGGCGCAGAUUCUUCCCGAGUCGCGCGAUACAAUCAUGAAGAUCGCUCGUUUUGCCUAUCUCGAACUCUGCGCCGAUCAUGGCUUCGGUCCCAAUCGCAUCAGCCGGCCCAGUCUACUUAUCUACAUCAAUCUCCUGGCAACGAAUGGGAAUCCUGAGGAGGCCCGUCACACUCUUGUCAAGUUUGGAGGUCAAUUGCGCGGAGCGAAGCCGUCUCCUUGGCUUACCGUUCUCAAAGGGUUCGCCAUGAAAGAUGACCGACAUCAGCUGCGGAAAAUCACCCAGGAGCUUGAGCAAUAUGGUAUCAAGUUCGAUCAGGCCUCACACGAGGAAUUGAUCAAUCUUCUCAUAGCCCAGAACCUUUUCAAAGCAGUUCAAACAGUGUAUGAGUGCCCAAUCACCGGCAGUUCCGAGCCAUCUAUGGCCGCUAAGAAUGCUGUGAUCAAGCAUGCCAUCUUCAAUGCUGAAAACAAGUGGGCGAAACCUAUCUUCGAAUCUCUCCCGCAAGGGCCUGUUUCGGAGACCAUCGGUAUCUCUCUUUUAUGGGAAGCAGCACGAGGCAGCAGUGCACCAUCACUUGCCGAGAAAGCGAAGUCAUGGUUUGCGACAAAUCCUCAGCUUCAAGAAGCACUCAGCAUCGCCGACCUGAACGACCUCCUUCAGUAUGCCAAUUCUGUACAAAACCCACAACUUGCCUCGGCAUUUGCAACCUUGGCCCGAGAGUGGGGCCUCGAUACAGACGAGCAGACUUACCUGCUUCUGUUGGAGUCGCAUAUCCAAGCCGGUGAUGUUGAACGCUCCCUUGAAAUUCUAGAAGAUCGACUAGACCCUAGUCGUCUGACUGGUGAGAAACUUCCCCUGGCCAACGACCUUAUUACUAUGCUUUGCACGUCAGAGAAAAGGGAUGAGUUGUUUCAGCAAAUUGCAUCCCUCCUUGACCCUCUCUUUGAAGAUGAGAUCCGUCUAGAACCAGCAACCAUUGCCGCAUUGACGCACAUGCUUCUUUAUCGCCACGACUGGGAGGCUGUUUCUGACUUGCUGCGUCCCAGGUUGGGAAGCUACGAUAGUGAAGGAAAGACAAUCAUUCGAACUGCAGUCACUGAUUUUAUUCUGGAUUUGAAUCAAGCAGAGUCAGAUGCAUGGGAGGUCUACCAGCUGUUGAAAUUAGCAUUUCCCGAGACCGGGGUUGCCGUGCGCACUGAGCUAAUGUGCUCAUUCUUUGAACGCAAGAACAGUGACCAUGCGGUUCAUGUCUUUGGACACAUGCGCCAGGCUGAAGAUCCGACCCGCCGUCCUAAGCCUGACACCUAUGCGCGGUGCUUCCAGGGACUGGCCCGGAUGACUGACGCUACUAAUCUAGAGCUGGUGCAUAAUAUGCUCAAACUUGACCUGGAGGUGGAACUCAACACUCGAGUCUAUAAUGGAAUGAUGCUGGCAUAUGCCGCAUGCGAUAUGACCGAAAAGAGCAUGGAGAUCUUUCGCCAAAUUCUGCAAUCAGAUGAAGGACCCUCGUACAAGACCAUUGCUAUCUUCUUCCAAGUCUGUCAGAAGCACCACAACGGCACACAGGAAGCGUUAAAGAUGAUGCAAAAGCUCAAAAAGCUAGAUUUUGAAAUCGACCGCCGCCUGUAUACUGCAUAUAUUGAAGCGCUAGCGGCUCAAUGCGAGUUUGACUUGGCAAGCAAGGCUAUUGACCAAAUGCAAGCAGAGAUUGGAGUGCCUCCCACUAGCACAACGAUUGGUUUGUUCUACAAUGCUAUCUUGUACCAAUACUGGAAGGACCAAGUGGAGGAAUGGGCGCAACGAAAAUAUCCGGAUCUGUGGACACACUUGGCCGAGACGAAACGUAGUGAACACGAGGAGGGCUUGAAGUUUGACGGCAUCACGAAUGAGGUUUGGGUAUAG